GGCGGCGCGGGGGUUAGCCAUUGCGCUGCGGCGGGCGGUGGCCGUGGCCGGCGCCAGGGCAGUGCAGCUAGGGGGCUCUCUCCGCCCCGCAGGGCCCCCCCGGCACACCGUGGACCUGCGGAGCGACACGGUCACCCGGCCCUGCGCGGGGAUGCGCCGCGCCAUGGCCCGUGCGGCCGUGGGCGACGACGACUACGGGGAGGACCCGACGGUCAACGAGCUGCAGCACCUGGCCGCAGGGAUCCUGGGGAUGGAGGAGGCUCUUUUUGUGCCCACUGCCACGAUGGCCAAUCUCAUUGCUGCUCUGCUCUCUGCCCUGCCUGGGAAGCAGGUCGCUGGGGUCCACUCCCAGGCGCUGCCAGACCUGCCUGACGGCACCUUUGACCUGGACUAUCUGGAGCUGGCCAUCUGCGAGGCCCAGGGCAGCCGGUACCACCCACGCCCCAAACUUGUCUGCCUGGAGAACACACACAGCUCUGCCGGGGGCCGGGCGCUGCCCCUUGCCUACCUCCAGCAGGUACGGGGCCUUGCUGACCGCUACGGGCUGCGGGUGCACAUGGACGGAGCACGGCUGAUGAAUGCAGCGGUGGCUCAGGGUGUGAAGCCAGCUCGAAUUGCCCAGCACUGUGACUCCGUGUCCCUGUGCUUCUCCAAGGGCCUGGGUGCCCCAGCCGGUGCGGUGCUGGCUGGAGGCAAAGCGUUCAUCGCUGAGGCCUGGCGUGUGCGGAAGCUGCUGGGCGGGGGCAUGCGGCAGGCUGGCAUGCUGGCAGCUGCUGCCCGCCUCGGGCUGGAGCGGGCAGAGGUGACGCUGCGCAGAGACCACGACAACGCCCGGCGCUUUGCUGAAGGCAUCCAGGAGCUGAACUUGCCCCUCUUGUCGGUCAGCCUCGCAGCAGUGGAGACAAACAUCGUGAUGGUCAGCAUCACAGGGGCUUGGCCGUCCCCUGCAGAGUUCUGCCAGCACCUGAAGGCAGUGAGUGAGGAGGAGUUGGCUGAGACCAGCCAGGCUGUCAGUGUCCUGAUGUUCCCCUGGUCAGUGCACACCCUGCGUGCUGUCUGGCACCGUGACAUCUCGGCCCACGACACAGAGCUUGCAAGGAACAAGCUGGAAUUUGUUGCCAGGAAGUGCCAGGAGAAGCUGGCCAUGGGCCUGCACCCCUCUCCGAGAAGAGGGGGAGCCUGAGCAUCCUCCCAACCCUAGCCCUGAGGCAGAUGCCUCCACGUGCUGCUGCAGUCUGGGACAGCUGUCUCAGUCCUGUCAGGGCAGCCAGCAGCAAAGGGCAACCAGGCACGUUUCCAACUGUCAGCCCUGCAAAACCAGUGUAAGCCCAGCCCCAAGGAGAUCACAUCCCACCCCUGCACCAGGAGCACCUUUGCAGGCACGCCCAGAGGG